AUCCUCUGUCAAAGGGGGGGAAAGCAGGCAAGACAGUCCCAUAACAGUUGCUUCUCCCAACAACAGCCCCCAUAAUUUAAGAGCUGCGACUGCUGAGGUGCAGACAUCAACCAGAGGAGAGCCCGAGGGUUUCGGGUUACUCUCUCUGUGCUUCCUCUCUUUAGAGCUGGCCGGUUCUAGUGGCGGGUUCUGGUUCUGCCGCUGCCGCUGCCGUGUAGGCUCUGCAGUGGACUGAUGUGUGAUCAGCUCGGUGACACCGUCUCUUCACCGUGAAUCUCGCUCCACCAUGGGCAACGACAACAGCACUCCGGACGUGCCGCCACAAGGGGGCACCUCUGACAACGUGGUGCUCUUCCCUCCUCACUCUGACCAUUCAGAGCCUCAACAUCAGGCUGAAGUUCACACAGAAAGAUCAGCAGCGGAGAAGAGGGAGAGCAGGGCAGAGAGCGGAGCGGUCCACACCUCGCUGCCCGCAGCCCACGGACAGGACGCACAGGGCAGCCCGUCGCCACGGCUACCGCGCUCUGCCGAGGACGAGGAGCGGUGGGGGUGCCGGGCGGAGGACAGGGAGGAGCUGGAGUUUCCACAUGACCUGCUGCCCAGCACUGACCUCAGCACCGAGCUCAACCUCUCUUGGGGGACGUCUCUUGGACCCAUCCAGAGCAUCGACUCUCCUGAAGGGGAACUAGAGUUCCGUACCCCCACCGAAGAGAUCGUCCCUCCCGUGGAAGAGCAAGCGGAGGACGACGUCCACUCCGAUUCCAGGUCCUCCUCACCCCCCCCUCUUGUUGAGAGGAACGACCCCGUCCCUUCUUCCCCGAAACCCCCGGCGGACCACCACGCCUUCCCUCCCGCCCUGCCUGCCCACCUCUUCCGGGACGCCGCCGAGUUCCCCACACCUCCCCCCACCCCUCCGGAGAGGAACGCCCCAGCCUCGGAGCCCGUCUCCCCACCUCCUGCAUCCCCACCUCCUGCUGCUCCUGAAGCCCCCCGCACCCCUCCACCACCUCCUCCUCUUCCUCCUGCCCAGGAUCAGGAGGAGGCGCUGCACACCCCUCCACAACCUCCUUCAUCUCCUCCUGCUGAACCUGAAGCCCCCCACACCCCUCCACCACCUCCUUCAUCUCCUCCUGCUGACCCUGAAGCCCCCCGCACCCCUCCACCACCUCCUCCACCUCCUCCGGCCCAGGAUCAGGAUCAGGAGGAGGCGCUGCACAUCCCUCCUCUUGUCAGGAGCUCAGACUCUGACGGAGCCUUUGAGACUCCUGAAUCCACCACUCCAGUGAAGGUUGCGUCCCCCCUGCUGCCCCCCCCUGAAGGAGAGCCCUUCUCCCAGCCGCUGCUGUCUGAAGACACCGGCUUCGGCUCUGGCUCAGCCUCAGCAGCAGACAUCACUCUCACCGAGGCCGUCACCGAGGCCGUCACCCAGGACUCCGCCGGCCGGGCACUCAGCCGAUCCGACUCCACCGUCUUUGACGAGGACAAGCCCAUCGCGGCCAGCGGCGCCUACGACCUCGACCGCCUGCUGAGGAACGCCGCUUCGUCCAACUCUGCUUCUGGAUCGUCAGACCGGAACUCGCUGACCCGCUCGCUGAGCCUCCAGGCGGGAGAGCUCGACCAGAUCCCGGGCCCCAGUGAUAAAUCCGUAUCUGGUUCCGAUAAGCUUCUGAACCAGCGGGUCGAGGCCUUCAGCGUUGGCACCGAGAGCUUCAGCGCGGGCACAGAGAGCGCCCCUGGAACCUUGCGCCGCGCCAAGAAGCCCCGCCCGGCCUCCCUGAAGAAGAAACCCGUCUCCAGGCAGAACUCCAACCCAGAGAGCACUUCGCCCAAGUCUGUUUCAUCCAGCAGCACCCCAGAGGCCAAGAAGAAGGCCGAGCCCCGAGCGGAGAGCCCCCUACAGGCCACCGAAGAGCAGGGCGGCCCCUCAGCCACUCCGAGCCCUGCGGGAACCCUCCGGAGGAGCCGGGUCAAACCACGAGUGGAUAGCCCUCCGCCCCUGGCAGAGGAGACCACCCCAUUCAGCCCUCCGCCCCUGGCAGAGGAGACCACCCCACCCAGCCCUCCGCCCCUGGCAAAGGAGACCAGCCCACCCAGCCCUCCGCCCCUGGCAAAGGAGACCACCCCACCCAGACCUGCUCCAGCUGCUGUGGCUGCCCCGAUCGCCCUCUGCCCAGAGGAAACUCCGCUGCCUGCCCCCACGUCCGCUCCGGUCCCCGACGAAGAGUCACCCAUCCCGCCCUCGGGAUCCUACAAAUGGGACCCCGACAACUUUGAAGACAUCGACCCAUUCAAUACCGGCGGCAGCAAAGUUGCCAAUUCGCCCGUGCUCUCCAGGAAGACCGGCGGAGACUUCGGCUCAGCAGGAGACCCGGCUAAGAAGCCUGGACCUGCUGCCACUACCACUGCUGCUCCGGUGGUCCCGGCGGUCCCGGCGGUCCCGGCAGAGGCGGCCCCCAUCUCCGAGCCAGCGGAGGCUGUGAGUGCCGAGGAGCAGCCGCUGAACGCCAAGCGCCAACCCGUCAGGCUGGAGUUCGACUACUCGGAGGAGAGUGGAGAGACUCCCCGCGACACCACCCCGCCGCCCAAGAAGCUGGGGAAGAAGCCCGGGUCCAAGAUGCCGCUCCGCAAGCCCAAGUUCGGCCUGAGGAAGGCCCCCCCCCCGCCACCGCAGCUCGAGCAGCUGGACAACGCUCCCGCCCCUCCGCCCAACGUCGAUGACAUUCCCAUUCCCAAAGGAAGCUACUGCUUUGACCCCAAUAAGUGGGAGGAUCCGAACUUCAACCCAUUCUCGUCGAAUGCCGGUGUUCCGAACUCCCCUAGCAUCUCCUCGGGCGGGUACACUUUCGAUCCGGACUCUUUCACCGACUCCUCCGUCGAUCCUUUCCAGUCCACCAACAAGAUGGCCAACUCGCCACCCAAGGCCUCCUCGUUUGAGGUGUCCGCUAAUGACAACGAAAACGACAACGACAAUGUUGGGGAGAUGGAGGAUCAAAACCAGAACAAACUAGCGAAGAAGAAGAAGCCAGUCAAGUCCAACACGUUCAGAGUGAAGAGGUCACCCAAGAGGUCACCCAUGCCUGAUCCAGCGACCCAGGAUCCGCUGGAUCUGGACUCCCCUGACCCCCCUCCCGCCCCCUCGCAGGACCACGCCACCGACGAGGAGAAGCUGGCCUCCUCCACCAAUCAGAAGUGGGUCGCCCGCCACGACGUGGAGGCGGAGCUGACCGCUGACAUCCAGGACUACCCGCAGCCCUCUGACCUGACGGCGUUCGUCAAUGAGAGCAAUGCGACGGACUAUGAGAUUGAAUACAUGGAGAAGAUCGGCUCCGGCACGCCGCCUCUGUCCUCUAAGAAGCCCACCCUCUACCUAAAGCUGGACUCCGUGUCGGACAGCCCAGACAAGAGCUCUGACAUGCAAGGAUCUGAACCGAGUUCCCCCUGCACAGGGAGCUUUGAGGAGAUGGAGGCCCAUAUCACGGCCGGCUCCAGGUCCCCAGUGAUGCCUACGCCUCGCACAGCCCCUGAGGGCGCAGCCAAUGAGAAGAGCCGCAAGAGAGAGAGCGAGUCGCACACACACCCUGCGGAGCGGGAUGGAGUGCAGCCCCCUGCGCAGGUCCCUGCUGACUCCCCAGACCUCCCCCUCUUAGACAGGCUGGCUGAAUCAGGCGACCAGCUCAGCUAUAUGGAGCCUGACCUGGCCGAGACCAACCCCAUCGCCUUCGCCCAAAAACUCCAGGAGGAGCUGGUUCUUGCUGCCUUGAGGAUGGAGGCUCUGCAGGUAGCCAAAUGCAUCUCUCAGAGCCCCUCCCUUGCCAAUGUAUCCCCCAAACAGUCCCGUCUCAAGAAGCCCAGCACGCGGUGGUGGAAUCGCAGCGGUUCACCUGCAGCAAAAAGGGAGGUGUUGUCCCCUGCUGAGAGUGCGGUCUCCAAGACCUCCCUGUACGCCCGGCCUGGAUGCUGCGAGGGAGAGAGCCCCUACCUGCCCCGGGACCUGGACCAUUCUUUGGGCAUCGCCCGCGACGAGAUUGUGGCCAAGGAGAAAGAGGUUCUGGACUGGAAGAGGAAGUACGAGGAGAGUCGGCAGGAUGUGGUGGAAAUGAGACGGAUCGUGUCCGAGUAUGAGAAGACCAUCGCACAGAUGAUUGGCUUGCCUGAGGACGACCAGAGGGACAAAUCGCUGUCACAACACACCAUCCAGCAACUCAUCAUCGAGAAAGACCAGGCUCUGUCUGACCUCAACUCUGUGGAGAAGUCAUUGGCUGACCUUUUCCGUCGCUACGAGAAGCUGAAGGACGUUCUGGAAGGCUUCCGCAAGAACGAGGAGGUUUUGAAGAAGUGUGCCCAGGAGUAUUUGUCACGAGUCAGAAAAGAGGAGCAGAGAUACCAGGCCCUAAAAAUCCACGCAGAGGAAAAACUUGACAAAGCGAAUUCGGACAUCGCUCAGGUGCGGGCGAAGGCCAAGCAGGAGCAGGCGGCCUACCAGGCCACCCUCAGGAAGGAACAGAUGAAGGUGGACUCACUGGAGAGCACCCUGGAGCAGAAGAACCGAGAAAUCGAGGAGCUCACAAAGAUCUGCGACGAGCUGAUCUCCAAGAUGGGGAAGAGCUAGCCUGUGGACGCGAGCGGCUCCGCCCCCUCCUGCGAGCGGCUCCGCCCCCUCCUGCGGUCCGCAACCGUCCAGGAACAUCUGAGAAACCACAGAGGCAGAGGAGCCUGACAUCACUCUCUGCUUCCUCCACACUGUUAACUAAACAGACUUGAGUCCUUUGCCUUCUGAUCUCACACUACUGACUUCGCUCUUGUAGCCCGGGGCAACAGCGCCCCCACUUGGGCCGGAGGUUACUGGGAGUGGAGGUCCAGUAUGCUGUAAUUAUUCUGUACAUUUUGAUGUUUCCAUGUGUACCAAGGGGUGACUUGGUGCGUCGGGGGGGUCUUGUGCUGUAUCAGGGGUCUUGUGAAAGUUUAUAGAAAUGUACUCCCCAUCAGUAGAAACGUUGAGUGAGAUUGUGUCAGUGUGUGUGUGUGUGUGUGUGUGUGUGUGUGUGUGUGAUGGACGCGAGAGAACGAGUGAUAGAGAGAAAGAGUGCACGAGCCAGAGAGAAUGACGUAGUGAUGAGGUUGCUCGCCAACCGUGUCGCCAUGACGACCACUGAUGGAGUCGACUGUUAACCCCUCUUAACUCCCCGCAUUCCCUCCCUGACGCGGAGGCCGCCUGGUUCCCUCCCUGACGCGGAGGUCGCCUGGUUCCCUCCCUGACACGGAGGAGGCCGCCUGAAAGCCUGAGAAACAUACAGUAGAUUCUGAGGAAGCACGACACGUAGAAGACUGCUAAUCAGCGAUUCAUUCAGUGAUCAUGAAAAGAGCCCUUCACCACCAUAAGUGACAUCAUUACUUGCAUGUGCCCACACGGAACCCACCUCCCUCUCUGUACAUAUUCUAUUGGACCCUCCCGAUGAGUAGAGAGACAUUAAGGAACCCACCUGCUGGUUUUGAUACACUCUGUACGUUUUAACCUUCCGCUUCCCGUGUGUACCUUUGUAGAUACUGUGCGUUUACUUUCCUUAAUGGCUUCUUAGCAGAUACCAAUGUCAUUUUUAUUUUUCCGGGGGAUUUUAUUUUGAUAUUAAUGAACCUUAUUAUGGUUAUUGUCAAUGGUAUUGAUUUUGAGAAGCGUAAUUUAAUUUGGAUCGACUUGUCUCAGUCCUGCUAUGGUUGAUGUGUCGCUGGGGCUGGGGUUCAGUCCUGAUCAGCUACUAUGAACCUGCUUACAAAAAAAAAGUGCAAUAAAGGAUGGCAAUAAA